CAUAAAACGUUACAAAGCUGUAGAGAUUCUAGCACAAAACGCGGCAAAGUUGAUUUUGUGAUGUUCGCGAGAAACAAAAGUAAUGUUUGUUAAAGAUCUAAAGCAAGGUUUUUAUGAUGCCAUACAACAUCAGAGAGUUCUUGUGCUGGUGGCAUUUGACGUUGAUGCCCUCUGUGCUUGUAAGAUACUCCAGUACCUGUUUCAGUGUGACCAGAUUCUUUACACUAUUGUGCCAGUCAAUGGCUUUGAAGAUUUGGAGAGAAGUUUUGUGGAAAACACAGAAGGGGUAAAGCAUGUGAUUAUGAUAAACUGUGGUGCUGCAGUAGACAUUGUGGAGUUGCUACAACCAGAAGAAUAUAUAAGAUUUUACAUAUGUGACAGUCACAGACCUGUAGAUGUUCACAAUGUAUAUAACGCAGUUCAAGUAAAAUUAUUAAUGAAGCAGGAAGAAUUUACUGAUAUACCUGAAUAUGACAAGGUGUUUAGAGACGAUGAGUCCGAUGAUGAGUCUGAAAAUGAUAGCGAUGAUUCUCAGCAGCCUGGGAAACGGAAAAGAUUUGAUGAAGUCACUCUGGACAGACGGAGAGAGAAACGAUUGUGGGCAGAAGACAGAUCUAAGAUUUUGUUUGACUACUCAAAGUUCACAUAUUAUGGGACAUCAGCAGCUUUAAUAAUGUUUGAGCUAGCGUGGAAGAUGUCUAAAGACACCAAUGACUUGCUAUGGCUGGCAGUGAUUGGUGUUUCCAAUCAGUACACUCAGUUUAAGACAACGAGAGACAAGUACAUGGACGACGUCAUAGCGUUACAGUCUCACGUGUCCAGACACAAUCACAGAGGAGAUGAUGAAGAAAACAUCCGCUCCAUAAACUGUCUGAAGGUUGUGUUUGAUGAAGAACUACAGCUGGCACUGUACCGACACUGGUCGUUGUUUGAAAGUCUGUGUCACUCCAUUAACACAGCCUGUAAAUUCAAGGUCUGGACACUGAAAGGCCAGAAGAGACUUUAUGAAUUUCUUGCAGAAAUGGGGCUGCCGUUAAGUCAAUGCAAGCAGAAAUUUACAUCAAUGGAUACUGAACUAAGAGGCAAUAUAAAAUCCAUGAUUCAGGAACAUAUGACAAAAUAUGGACUUAUAAUGCAAGACAUUGUUAUUCCAUCGUUUUAUGCCCAGUAUGGCUUCAAGAACAAGCUGUGUGCGACAGAUGCAGUGUAUGCCUGUGAUGCAGCACUAGAAUCGGUGGAGAAAGGGAAGCAGCCAACAGAUAACUUUCUGGAUGCCUUAGACAUUUUACACAGAUCAAAUGUACCAGCUCUAGAAAAGGGUUUAGAAAAUGCCAAGAAACAGUUGAAAGCCAUGGUGACACAAGUACAGACAUUUCUCGACAUGCAUCAAGUGAUCUCUGCUGGACCUUUUCUAUAUGCAUUUAUUCAAGAGGGAACAGCUGAUGUGAAAUAUUUUGCCAAGCCUCAGUGUUUGAUGAGACUGGCAAGGUUUACACUGGAAGCACAUUGCUCAGUGAGUCGCAGUAAGCGUUCCAAGAGCUUGCCACUGGUCCUGGGUGCUCCCAAAGACUUGGAAGAAGGUACAACACUCAUCAUUGGAGUGCCACCAUUAGAGUUGGAUGAUGAAAGGAAAAAUUUUUUUGGAAAAGCUUUUGAACAGGCAGCAUCUAGUACAAAUUCCCGAACACGCCAUGACAACUUUGAUUCUCAUAUUAUAGAAAUGAAAACGGAAGACAGAAGCAAAUUCUUUGAUGCACUGAUCAGUUUAUUACAGUGAAGAACAUGAUAAAAACUUGCUCAGAAAGUGUCAGUAUUUUAGAGAAUCACAGACCACAUGCCUAAAUCUAAUUUGAGGUGUACUAAACAAUAUGAAUUGUUAGUUAACAGCGUUGUUACAAGCAGUAGAAAUGUAAUCCUGUGAGCUGAUAUAAAUAAAUACUUGGAAUCGGGGAACAUUUUGUUCAGUAACGCGUAUCGAUUUGUUAUGCAAGUAUCGGAGAUUGCAACAUAAUUCUGUAACAUUAACUACUAGUCGCUAAUAAUUUUUUAAACUGAUGCCAAAUGUUGCUACUCAGAAGUUUGAUAACAAAAUGUAUUUGUAAAUAUUUAUGCACUUUUCACUGACGGCCAAAAUAUGUAAUGUGCAUAAGGUUUAAAAGACUAGAACAGAAUUUACAAUGUCUGUUGGAAUUUUUUUUCACAUGUUUAUAUUUACAAUGUUUAAACAUCUGUGUUUAAGAAAACUGGUUUUGUUAAUUCGGUCCAUAAUGCCUUUUUGACACUUGUUAUUCAGAUGAAGCAAGUUUGGUGACAUGGUGCAAUGGAAUCUCAAGUCUAGUUUAUUUGUUUUGUUUAAGGACACCACUAGAGCACAUUGAUUAAUUAAUCAUCGGAUGUCGAAAACAUUUGGUAAUUAUGACUCGUAGUCAUCAGAGGAAACUCGCUACAUUUUUUUUAUUAACAGCAAGGAAUCUUUUUAUAUGCACUUUCCUGCAGACAGGAAAGCACAUGCCACGGUCUCAAGUCUUUAGUUAGAACAUUAUGGUAGAAAUGUUUAAAUAGUGAAACUGGUUUAAUAUAUUCCAUUACAAAAACUUACAUAGUAGAUCUCUAUAGUGUAAACUGAAUCUUGAUGCAAGGUUGUGUAUUCCCAGCCAUGAAAUCAGUUUCGGUAGACGCUGUCCAGUGUUAAUAUGAAAUAGGAAUAUCUUUUAUUUAUCAUUGUAUUCUUUGUAGAGUCAUAAUUCACUGUAUUGUCCUGUUUUGUGUGUAUAUUUUUAACUUAUUGACUUGUAUAUAUCAGAAUUCAAUUUAUUUUGUAUGUGGACUCAGCAGUGCUAAGUAUAUUACGUUAAAAUACAAAUGGCAUUUACAGUGUAAAAAUAAGAUAACCGUGAUGUCACUAUAAAUUGUCCAAAGAGUCAUCCUGAUCCACUUUAAGUUUCAUCAGUUCAAUUAUAGCUUCAGGAAUAUGGCUGGAUCCUACCUUGUAUUGUCAUUUCACUUUAAAACAUUGCUUUGAAUUUUAGCUUAACAUUAACAAAUGUCACACUGAAAAAUAUGUGAACUUUGUGCUAACACAGUAUAAAGUUACUAGUUAUGUUCUGCCCAACCUCUCAUUUCAUAAAGGUGGGUAUUGUUCGUUACGAUUUUGUGACAGUAUCUAGUCGAAUAUGUUUUACUGAAUUGGUAAAUUUGUCAUUUUCAUGGUGUAUUAUCAUUAUGUAAUAAUUUAUCUAUAUAUACUGAGUCAAAUUAAAAACUUCACAACAGUUUCAUCUUGGCUAAUUAACAAAUAUGACAGAGGAAUGUGUUAAAUAAGGUAUUUUUUUUAUUGUAUGACGUCCAAAGGAACAAUAGGAAUAAAUGUUGAGUCAAAAAUCUGUUCGAUGCGCCCACAUCAUUCGUCAAAACCACAAACAGUCAAAAUGGUAAUUCACAAGCAGGGUCAUCUGAUGAAAUCAUAGGUUCAGUAGCGCGUAUGCCCUCCAUGUGUACCCACAACUGCAAUGCAAUGCCUCCUCAUUGACUGCCUGAUGCGUGUAAAGACUGCAUUAGGGAUACAGCACCAUUGUUCCACUAAUGAGGCACCAAGUUCCUGUAAAGUCUGUGGAGGGUUCCUGAGAGUGCGCAGGCAUCUUCCCAGCACAUCCCAGAUGUGCUCGAUGGGAUUCAGGUCAGGAGACCUUGAAGGUCAAUCCAUAACAUUGAUGCCCACAUUCCUCAGGUAAUCCUUUUCCAAGAUGGCUGUGUGGGGUCUGGCGUUGUCAUGCUGAAAGAUCAGGCCUGGACCAUGAGCUGCCAUGAAGGGAACAUGUUCCUGGGCCAACACCUGGUGGUAUGCAGCAGCGUUGAUUUUUCCACAGAUGACAAGAAGUCGAGAACGUCCAUUUCCACAGAAAGCACCCUAAACCAUUGCACUUCUGUCUCUGAAUCUGUCAACUUCACUGACACUGAGCAUGACGUUCACCACGUUGUCUCCAAACUCUCUGCCUGCCAUCCGCAAAUUGCAGUGUGAAUCUUGAUUCAUUGCUAAACAUGACUCUAUUCCAUUCCCUCAAAGUCCAUUGCAAGUGGUGUUGUGCCCAUAGUUGACAUUGACAUUGAUGAAAUUGGGUCAAAAUGGGUCCAACAUAUGGGCGCAGUGCAGGGAGGUGAGCUGUUCACAGGCGAUUUUGGAUCGUUUGCGCUGACAUCAGACGUCUGAAAAGUUCAUUACUGGUUGCUGUAGCUGUCGUGAAACAGUUGCGGAGGUGAUGUAACACAAUAUGACGGUCAUUUGCCUAUGACGUCACACGUGGUCUACCUGGUCGGAGGCGAUCAGCUGUGGUGCUUGUUUGUUGUACUCGUGUCCGCAGAUCAUAAGUUGCCCAUCGACUGCAACCCAACACCCUUGUAACGUUAGCUACUGAUGUUCGUGCAUGCAAUAUGUCGACUGCACAUUUGUGAGGCGUGGCAUCGAAACAGGGUAACAAAUAUCGCUUUAAUGUGUUUUUUCAUUGUGUCAGACUACUGUGAGCAAGUAACGAUGAAAACGUGUGCUAUUUUAGUCACAUGACCAGUGACACGUGCAAAACCACUUUUGCCUCAAUGGUGAUGUGCAUGUUAUGGAUUGGGUCACGUGGGCUGUGAUGGACUCAAAAUGGAGUGUAGACAUUGCCAUUACAAUAUUUAUUCCUGAAAAAAUACCUGCUUUCAACACUCAUUGACUUUAUUUAAAUUUUAGAUUGUGAUGUUUUUAAUUUCACUCGGUAUGUGUGUGUGUGUGUGUGUAUAUAUAUAUAUAUAUAUAUAUAUAUAUAUAUAUUGUGUCAUUCUUUCUUGGUUAUAUAUAGGUAUCAACUAGUGACAACUACUUACAGUUUUUAGGGUAAAUAAAUUGCUAUCAAAUAAUAUUUCUAUGUCCCCCUCACCUUUAUUUUGAGUGCAGGGUUAUGACCAUUUUGAAAUUUUAUGAUAGCAGCCUUUGUUUUAUUAUACUGGAUUUUGACUUGCUGGAUGUUUGAUUUUGAUCGAUUUAUAAUCAUGUUACUAUGUAUAUUUUUGGCAAUUAUAAACCACGAAAAGAGCUUCUGUGUGUUUGUACAUGUAAGAAAGAUUUGGUUGUUGACUGAAAUACCCAAAUAUAAAUUAGUCAUAAAGUGGCCCUGCCAGAGACUGGGAAUGGGAUAGACAUGCCUGUACCUCUUGGAUAUAGGAAUGUUAAUAAAGUAACAGUAACAGUCAUAAAUGGCUUUAUAUUUGAACAUGACUACAACCCUAAUCAUUCUAAAGACAUAAUGCUGACAUCAGACAAUUACAGGCACAAUAGGUUUUUCACCCAGUGCCUCACGCAAAUUGAGGAAUGGUUUAGACAGGCAAGUUAUAAGUGCUGAUGACAGUUACAGUUUAAAUGAUGAUAGUCCCCCAUGGUGAGUUAAUAUCUUCCAAUGUUUAUUUUAAUUUAAUUUCAUUUCAUAAUUUUUAAAGUUGAUAGAUCAUCCAUAAUCCAUUUAAAUUAAAAAAAGAAAGAAAAAAAGGACUGAUUAAUUUCAGAAGAUAGGUCACAAAUAUUGCAUGUCUGUAAUAUGGUCUAACCAACGAGGGUAGGGAACCGAGACUAAUGACUUUAUGGGGCUCAGUACCUAUUGUAGGCUUCUAGUCAACCAGGCCAAUGGAAAUAUUUUGUUUAAUUCCCUGGUCAAACUCCAAAUCUCACAGGCCUGAAAUGUGUUUGUAGUCUGAGUUAUUGCAAAUUACUUCAAAUUUGUACUGAAUAACUGUGGUCUUUGAUUUCUUGUUAAAAUUGUUUCAUUUUCUUAUAUAAUUAUGACUUCCCCCUCCCCCCAAAACCCCCAAAACUACCCAACAAAAAAAGAACCCACAAAAAAACAAACUACCACAUAUUUCUAUAAUCCAAUCUAGACGUAUUUAAUUUGCAAAUAAAAUGGAAAUUUAAACAUUUA